CGAUUUUGACUCAGAGCCGAUUGAGUUGGAUGAGAGGAUCAAGGGGGGAGUCACAUCACCUUACGGGCGACGUGGAUGAGCGGUUGUCGACUUCCACGCUCGCUCCCUCCUUCCUGCUCAGCAUCUCAUUGAUAUAAACACCCCGCAAUCCUCGACUGCUUCGUAUCCCCUCCCCAUCAUUACCACUAGCUACAUUGCCUAUCGCUCCUAGCUACCACUAGCUCACGCGUAAACAUAUCUGCACACGCUAAGCCUCAACCUUUGACACAUAUCCAUACGCCCACAAUGGCCUCUUUCUCCUCCUACCUCUCCUUCUCGGCCAUGUACGAGUUCGAGCAGUAUCAAAAAGACCUCGCCAAGCGUGCCCAAGCCAGCAAGAGCGGCGGUGUUCUCCGACGAGACUCCAACUCGUCUACCACCUCGAGCAACUACUCUGCUUCAUCCGCUUCCUCGUCGAGCACCAGCUCCUCGUCGCGACGCGUCCACUUUCUCAACCACUCGGACAGUGACAGCGACCUUGCCUCCUCUCCCUCGUCGUCAAGCGUCUACGCCUCGCACGCCGCUCGUCUCCACUCUUCUGGCAAGCGCUACUCCACCGCAGAUGGCAGCCUGAGGGGAUCGCAAUGCCCUUGGGACCUCUGCACGCACAAUGCUACGUGCAGGCGAUGCAUCUCCAAGCAGAUUGAGGAGCAGGACCUCAGUCUCCAGAGGUUCGGGAGGUGAUGUCCUGAGGAGACAGGGUAGUCAUCGCGAUGACGACCUGCAGCAGACAAUCAACCACUACUCAUACGAGGCCUAGGCUACGGUCCACUUCUGUGCACCACUUUGCCAGACCGGCCGCCUCAGCGCAACCUAGAUGGCCACGCCGAGCCUAUCAGGCUCACCCUCGAGAGCUCAACGCCAGCAUCGCUACCAGCGAUCACGGCUUGCUCGGAGUUCUUCAGCGGUCGCGCCUUGCCCCGUACCGCUUCUGUAGCAAGGAUGUUCAGCCUACUUUCCGGCUCGAGAUUGAAUCUCGCCAUUGAAGCACAUCGGCCUGCCUAGCUCAGAUCAUUAGCUCUUGCUUUCACUGUCGUGUCAUGGAGACUCGGGCUCUUCAGUCACUUGAAUACAAACAUCAAUUGAAGCAUCACCAUGUCUGCGCAUCUGCCUGACUAUCUGAAUGAAUGACUUUCACCCUUGCCUC